CUGCUGCGCAUCCGUCUGCUUUGUUCACUCCUUUGCUGCUGCAAACAAACGCUUCCACACAAACUGCACUCGCUGACAUAGCCACGCACACUCGCCCCCGCGUACACCUGCCCUCAACGUCCUCGCUUCUGGCUGAGCUCCCCAUCCGCGCUGCACGCUGCCGACACCCGUGCUACGCAUUCUCGCCCCGUCACGGUCGCACAGUCGCAAGCCUUCCCGUCCACAUUGCCCGCGCCCUAUUACACAAACAACCGUUGGAGCUGGCGGCCAAUCCCCAAUGACCUGAGGCAGCGGCCGACUCGACGCCCUACAGCCUGCGACCGCGCACUCGACGCUCCUUUAGCAGUCUGCUUUUUGGAUAUCACAGGCCCCUUCAGCAGCCCGGCAUGGCUCCUGUCUUCUCCACCGAGGGCUCCAAUGCGCCGCUCGCCGACUAUUUCUUCAUCUCUGGUAUCGAGAGCUCGCAGGUCUACGACGAGCGCCUGCAGCCCAACGGCAUCGUUUCCCCACUUGCGUCCCCGCCAGUUGACGAGACGAUUGAGGAGGAUCGUGCCCUCGAGACCGAUUCAAUUCGCCCGACCUCGCAGGACGGCCUGCCCAAUGGCGGCAGCACACGGCGGCGCUCCGGGCAGCGCCUGAGCGAGAACCGCCAAUCUGUUGGCACCAUCACAGGGCUCGACAGCAAGCCAACAGUCACGGCCAGCAACCGCAGCAGUGCCACCAUCAAAGGCCUGAACAUCGGAGGUGGCCUCAGUGAUGUCGACUUUGAGAAUGCGCUUCGCAAGUUUGCCUCGGAAAGAGAUACGUUCCUCGAGGAGAUUCAGUUCACCGCAGGUGUCGCUCAACAGAGUCGCCAGACGCCCGCAAGGCCGCGCCCAAGGCCCCCACGAGCAUCGCAGACACCGAGUGCAAGCGGCGAGGAUGGUAUUGCAAACCUGAGAUCAGGUGUAGGCAGCAUUCGAAGGCGCCUGUCGACAAUGCAGAGCAGCUUGAAGAGGCAGCCUUCGACACGUCAGUCCUCAAUACGGACGUCCAAACGCAUGUCAGGCUACAAUUCGGUUAUCCCAACGCCACAACCGUUCAAUCCAGAUCCCAACAUGCAUCCUCUGCUGCGGCGCUACGAGCCUGUGCUUCUCGACCGAUACCCACCCAGGAACAUGGUCGAGGAACUCAAGCGACGCAACCCUUUCCCAGACUACGUCCCCAUGUUUGCUUUCCCCAACGACGUCAGUGUAGUAUCGUCAGACGAGCGACCGAAAACCCAGUGGCACGGGUUUGCCAUGACCAAUGGCGACAGCUCCAAGCUUUACGGUAUCACUAUGGUUGUUUGGUUGCCAUUGAAUGCCACUGCUGCAGAGGGACUCGAGCGCCAAUGUGAAGAAUGGAGAAGAAAUCACAUGAACCCAGAAGAGAGGGAACUGGCGAGCAGCUUGGGCGAGCGUCUGGCUCUGGAGCGUGCGAAGUUAUCGCAGCUGUUGGCUAAACUACCUACCGUCCAGCCUGAGUCUGACGCGCGCGAGAUCCUGGAUGAAGAGAUUGGCGCGGUCGAAGAGAAGAUACAGCUCAUGACGGACCUCCUUCGACCCGUCAGGCACGGAGCAGCAUCGAAGAUCGAGGGGCUGACUGAUGGAGAGACUGGCCUCUGGAUCCCACGUGCUUACGGUGUCAUGGGAAGAGAUGCCAGUCUGACGCCUCUCUGGAAGGAAUGGCUAAAAGCCAUCGUCGUCCCCAUGACGAGUGGUGCUAUUCUGCGUGUGCCUCCAAGCUCGCCGCGAGUGGGCAUGUGGCAGCCACUCGAACGAUACGUCGUCAACCUUUGCGCUGAGGCUCUUAGUCCGAUCACCUCCGUCACACAGGUCGAGUUGGCCGUGCGCGAACUCCGAAUGUAUGCACGCAAGGAGGCCUUGAACGAAAUUCCCGGCUCCCGCAAUAUCGACAUCUAUGCCCUCUUCCGCUGCCUCUCGAUACCAAACAUUGUUACGCUCUUCGAAUACGUACUAUCUGAGGCCAGAAUCAUCCUUUUGUCGUCUCACACAGCUAUGCUCCACCUAGCAAGUAUGGCCAUCACCAACCUCGUCUACCCAUUCCAGUGGUGUGGUGUCUUCAUCCCUGUCCUGCCAGCACGUCUCGUGCAGACCAUCGAAGCACCAUGCCCUUACAUUGUGGGUAUUGAACGAAGAUACGAACCUACCGAUUACCCGGAUGACGAUUUCGUACUUGUCGAUCUCGACCAGAACUCGAUCGUUUCCAACGGACCUCCGCCUCCACCCCUACCUCGCCAGCAGCGCCGUAAGCUCACAUCACUCCUCCAGCAUUCGGCACCGCACCACCAGCGCUAUGGCGUCCCUACUGGACCUCCAGCCUACGCCGUAGAAGCUUUUCCUUACGACACGUUCUGCUCCGAGAAUCCGAGUGUUUUCACACCAAGGGCAUACCCCUCGACUGUACAAACCUACGUGGGUCUGAACUCCACAUCUUUUGGCACUGUUACCGGACCAGCCAGUGGAAGGCCACUGAUCUACAAUGCAUUCUUGCAGUCGAGUGCACACAGCCGCGGAAACGACAGACCAUCCACAUCUUCCACGGUUAGGACUUUCUCAAAUUCCCCACCUUCGCCGAAGGUCUCUCCCGUGUCGACCGUCUUCCCGCCUCUGCCAAGCACUCCGAUCUCUCGCAGCGAUUCGGGUUACGCGCUACAAGCCGGCUUGCGCGAAAAGCGCUCAGCCCACUUUGACGCCCAGUCGCGGCGCAGCUCUUCGUUUGGUUUCGAAAAGGUGCCGCAGAUGAGGAGACCCAGCCAGCCGAUGCUAGGUCAUGCGCCGAGCGCCUCAACAUCGUCAUUAAGUCAGGAGCUGCGCGCAGGCUCUUCUUACGCGCCGUCCGUUUACGCUCAAUCCACUUUGGCGGCGUCGACGAUCAUGCCUGGCAUGGCUAUGCAACCCGUGCGGAACACCGCAACCGUGCAAUGGCAAGAAGGCCAUUGCCUGCAAUGGAGGCCUCAUGAAGACAAGGCAGCAUGUUCGAUCUGUGAAGAAAAGUCGGAUGAGGGGCUUUAUCGAUGCUCUGGCUGCACUACACACGCCCAUGCUAGAUGCGCUCCUUCGAUUUGCAUUGUCUGCCCUACGGCUUUCCGACCCGACCAGGUGCGCGCAUCAUUUGUGCGAUGCUUCGCCAGUCUUCUAUACACGUAUCGCCGCUAUCUUGUGCCAGCCUCCGGCGAUCGCAAGAAGUCCGGCAUGCACUACCAGUUCAAGAUGGAAGAAUUCAUGAAGAAUCAGCCUGCCGAAAACAUGGGAUACUUGACUACAUUGCAGCAAACUCAAGCCUUUAAUGAGUUCAUCCACGAACGCGAGAGCAUCUCCGGCGAUGAUCCUAAGAUCAAGCUAUUUGACGAGGUCAUUCUUGCAAAGAAAAACCGCGGCGCAUCCUCAUACUUUUACAAGACCAAGGCCGACUUCCUAUCGGACACGAGUGAUCAUCUUUGGCGCACUGCACACGCCAGCCCACCGACGUCUCGUUUCCCUGGCGAUUAUCGCUCUGUUGUCAGCCGUAUUCCCGCGAAGCUAGACAUCACACUUAUGAAGGAGCCACGCGUCAUUCAAGGCGUCCCCCGGCCUCAAAACGCCAAAGCGCGAAGGAAGCCGAUCCCCUCAAUGCUCUCAAAUGGCGUCCCAGCAUCGUGAUUACCACUCGAAUCCACGCCUCUUUGACGAUGAAUUGACUGACCAUUGGCGCUUGUGUCGCCUCUUACCUCCCUACCGUCACUUUGUUUUCUUCUGCUUGUGUUUGUACAAAAUCAGCGCUGGAGUUUUGGGCGCAUCGACCAACCAUUGUGGUAGCCUGCAUUGGCUGGGUUGAUUUCUGGACAAAUCAAUCUGUGAAUCAUUUGCAUCUACGGUGGUUGGAUGGGACCUUUAAGUCUUUUGGAUAUCCCGUCACGUACUAGAGAGCAGAAAAACGAGGCUUGCUCGAACUGCACGAUAUUACUUGUAAUGUAUCUCUUCGCACCCGCUCGUGGCAUCCGCUUGCAAACUGCGGAAUUGCCUUUCCUGUAGAGGCAGCUCGGCAGGAGAUAGACAGCCAGUCGCCUCUGGAUACCACAAUGCAACAUUUACUAUCACCG